AAUGAAUAUAUUACAUCAUAAAUCAAAUGUUUUGUUAUUCCAGAACUUGGGUGAUCAAUCACAAUGCAGUCUGGUGAAGCCCCUUCUUCAAUGGAAGUAGAAAAGGUUAUAGAUGAAACAUCUUCGCCGGCGAAGCCAAAGUUUGAGCCUUUAAAGGCUCAUGAGAUGUCUGAUGGUCGAGUUCAAUUUAGGAAGGUUUCGGUUCCACCACAUAGGUAUUCACCUCUCAAGAAAGUGUGGAUGGAUAUUUACACUCCUAUAUAUGAGCAAAUGAACAUUGAUAUCUGUAUGAACCUCAAGGGUAGAAAGGUUGAAUUAAAAACCAGAUCUGAUACACCAGAUAUUAGUAACCUGCAGAAAUGUGCAGAUUUUAUACAUGCCUUCAUGCUAGGCUUUGAUGUUAUAGAUGCUAUUGCACUACUGUGAUUGGAUGAACUAUAUGUAGACUCUUUCGAAAUCAAAGAUGUUAAAACCCUUAGAGGUGAGCACUUGUCUCGUGCCAUUGGAAGACUCUAGGGUAAAGGAGGCAAAAUAAAGUUUGCUAUUGAGAAUGCUACAAAAACAAGAAUUGUGAUAGCUGACACUAAAGUUCACACAUUAGGAUCUUUUCAAAACAUUAAAAUUGCUAGAGAUUCUCUGUGCAGCCUCAUUUUAGGGUCUCCUGCUGGAAAGGUAUACUCGAAGCUUAGACAAGUUACUACUAGAUUGGCUGA